AUGGAAAUUGCCAUCAGCUGCCACACACAGGAACAGAUCUCGCAUAUCCGGGGGAUAGGGGAGUUUCGAGUUGGAACUCUUUUGUCAUCAAAGGUGGGAGAGCCGAGCAUGUUGUCACAAGCCGUCACUCUCGGUGUCGUUUGUGGAAUCAUCGGGGCCGUUGUUCUCAUCGUUGUUGUUGUACUGUGCUGCCUGUGUCGCACCAGCCGAAAACCGUCAGUGUCCAGUCCGCAGUAUGAGUCUAUCGGCGAAUACAAACCGGCUUCGCUUGUCAGCAUCUCGACUUCUUCACAGGAGAUAAGCCUGACCCGCGAGCACAAACAGGUCCAACCCCGCCUGAUGUCCACGCCUUCCCGCUCGAGUAUUCGCAGUGACCAGUUCACCGAUGACACGAGCAGUCUCAGUGCCAAAAGUGACACAAGCGUGGACAGCUCUGUCUUUGAGGCGACCUUUGGCAUCAUUAGACCGGAUCUCUAUCCUCGAAAAGAUGCAGUUCUGCAACAGUCGUCAGUGGACAGAGCAUUAGGACGUCUGCAUAUGCGCCUGAAAUAUGACUUCCGUACUUCGGACCUUGUUGUCCAUCUCAUUGAAGCUCAAGAUCUCCCACCAUCGGAUAUGAUUGGUGGGUUUAGCGACCCGUACGUGAAACUCCUUCUACGACCGGAAGUGGACGACAGACUUCGACAAUCUUCGGUUAAAAGGAAAACCCUGAAUCCAUUUUAUAACGAGUACUUCAAGUUUCCAAUUCCCUUCGAUGACCUCCACGACAGGAGAAUACAUUUCCUGGUAUUUGAUUACGACAAGUUUUCCCGCCAUGAGGCAAUUGGGGAGGUGACUGUCGACAUGAAUCGUAUUGAUGUUAGCACAAGCGUGGAGAUGUGGUGCGACCUUCAGAAAUGUAUACAGGCCAGUGGGACGUGUGGUGAGCUUCUGGUGUCAUUGAGUUACCUACCGACAGCCGAAAGACUGACGGUUGUCAUCAUGAAGGCUAAAGAACUGAGGGUACCCAAUAUGGCGACCCCUUCUGAUCCUUACGUGCGCGUGUCCCUAAUCAUUGAAGGAAAGAAGAUCAAAAGGAAAAAGACAACAGUGUUGAAAGGAACCGUUGUUCCAGUGUGGAACGAAGCCCUGGUCUUCAAUAUUCCCACAGAACUUCUACCUAAAGUCUCCUUGGAACUCGGGGUUCUGGAUCACGACCUACUGGGUCACGGUGACAUAUUGGGUCAGUGUUUCAUCGGCCCAGACCGUCCCGGAAGUGGUGCUACCCAUUGGCAGGACAUGAUGCAAAAUCACCGAAAAGCCAUUGCCAUGUGGCAUCCUUUGCAGAAGUAAAAUGGGAGAUGCCGCUUGCCAGC